AGAGCAUUAAUUUUUACGAGCUCCUCGAUCUCUCUCUCUUCAUGGAUUUGCAGAAACCCUAACUUCUGCACGUUGACUGCCGCACUCGCACUCGCACUUGCACGCGCACGCGCACGCGCACGACUCCAUUGAUGCUUCAGAUGAAUCUGGAGCCCCGCUUCACCACCGAUUGGCGUGAGAAGAUUCUAUGCAACACCGAAUAUUUCCUCUAAAUUCGUCAAAAAAUCCCUGAACAAUUCCUCUGCUAUCGAAGCCCCCAUUUUUCUGCUUCAAUUUAGUGUUGUUUCUCUGAUUUGUAAAAAAUGGGGAAAAAUCAGGCAUACAAGGCCAUGCAGAGGGCGAGGAUGGGCUCAACUUCUGGUGUUCCAGAGGAGGUUGAAGAUGGAAUGAUGGAUGGUUCUUUUCAUUCACCAGAGUGGCAUGCGGCUCGUUUGGCAAGUCUGAAAACUUCUCAUACAAUAACUUGGGAAGAAUUCAAGAGAAAGCAAAAGGAAGAUGAAGCGAAAAAAGGUGAGCUAGAGGCUGAUAAAGAUAGAAUGAUGAAAGAGUACAGAGCACAGUUAGAUGCUGAAAGGGCAAGCAAACUAGCUCAUGGGCGGAAUCACUCACAUAAGAAGUCCAAUCUCAAGAAGGAGAAAAGGGAGAGGGAUUCAAGGAAAAAAGGCAGCAAGAAGAGAAAGAAUAUUCGCCUCACAGCUACUUUUGCAGCAUUCAAGGAGGAGGUCUUUGGAGUCUAGUUCUUCUGAUUCAUCUUCAGAAUCCUCAAGCAGUAGUGAGGAUGAGAGAGAAGUCAGGAGAGAGAAGUACAGGUCCAAGAGAUCGAGGAGGGACAAGAAGCACAAGUCGAGAAGAAAGCAUUCAAGUAGUGAGAGCGCGGAGGAGGAUGGUCCUUUGCCCCUCUCGAGAUUUUUCGGUAGUGCCAAGGAACGAGUCCUCUGAGCACCUCUGUAUUUUUUUUCUUCUAGAUGGAUAUGGCUCUUCAUGACAUAUUUGGGUUUGGCUUUGAGGUUUUCAUAUGAUCUUCAUGAGACAGUGUAUGCCUACCUGCGCGUUAUUUCCCUCUCUAACUUGGUUGGUUAAUAGCCUCAUCCCAAGAUUGUGAAUUUUCUUAAAGAGCGAUGGGUGCACGAGGAAAUGGAAAUGGUCUACCGAUCCAAAAAGAUGGGAUUUCUCGUGUUU